CUUAAAAGGAAACGGGGUAUUGUUUUUGUUUUAUUUUGACAGAACAAACCGGAUCUGUCCCUAAUGUGGAAUCUUGACUAGAUUUCUAGCAACAGCUGGUUUAGCAGAAUGUAACGAGUCAACCAGUGUGACGAUUCAAAGUUGUGUUUAUGUGUUAUCCGCAACUUUCCAUGGGGUUUCUCUGGGCUGCGUAGCAGCUUCUUAAAAGGAGCACCAUGGCCAUGUGGAUACAGGCUCAACAGCUGCAGGGAGAAGCCUUACACCAGAUGCAGGCGCUGUAUGGCCAGCAUUUUCCCAUCGAAGUGCGGCACUACUUGGCCCAGUGGAUAGAGGGCCAACUUUGGAAUUCAGUAGAGUUGGAUAACCCAGCAGAGGAAACCAAAGCCAAGCGCCUUCUGGAUAACCUGGUGGCGGAGCUCCAGAGGAAAGCACAGCUUCAGGGAGGGGAGGAUGGUUUUCUUCUCAAGAUCAAGCUGGGACACUAUGCAAAUCAACUAAAGAGCACAUAUGACCGCUGUCCUUUGGAGCUUGUGCGCUGCAUCAAACACAUCCUGCUCUCUGAGCAGCGGUUGGUUCAAGAAGCUUCAAAUGUGAGUUGUGCGAGUGGGGGGCAGGUCCUGGACAGCCUCUCCCAGCGGCAUCAGCAGAUCAACCAGUCCUUCGAGGAGCUCCGAUUAGCCACACAGGAGACUGAGAAUGAAUUGAGAAAGCUUCAGCACAGCCAGGAGUAUUUCAUCAUCCAGUACCAGGAAAACCUGCGUCUCCAGGCCCAGUUGAGCAGUUUGAGCACCCUGCCUCCAGCAGAGCGCACCCAAAGGGAAACCACUCUACAAAACAAGAGAGCUACUUUGGAGACCUGGCUGGCCAGAGAAGCGAGCACACUACAGAAAUACAGGCUUGACCUGUCAGAACAACACCAGAAAACCCUGGUCGUUCUUAGGAAACAACAGACUUUGAUCCUGGAUGAGGAGCUUAUCCAGUGGAAGAGGAGGCAGCAGCUAUCAGGCAAUGGGGGUCCUCAUGAAGGAGGACUAGAUAUCCUCCAGUCCUGGUGUGAGAAGCUGGCAGAUCUAAUCUGGACUAACAGGCAGCAAAUCCGACGCUCUGAACAUCUUACUCAACAACUUCCUCUGCCAGGCCCCAUGGAAGAUCUACUUAACAAACUCAAUGCUGACAUUACAGAUAUCAUCUCUGCCUUAGUCACUAGCACCUUCAUCAUUGAAAAGCAACCGCCCCAGGUGUUAAGGACCCAGACCAAGUUUGCAGCCACAGUGCGCCUUCUGGUGGCCGGGAAACUCAAUGUCCACAUGAAUCCACCUCAAGUCAAGGCUGUCAUUGUUAGUGAGCAACAGGCCAAAUCUCUACUCAAGAAUGAGAGCACACACAGUGAAAGUAGUGGGGAAAUUCUGAACAACAACUGUGUCAUGGAGUAUCACCAGGCCACAGGCACCCUCAGUGCACACUUCAGAAACAUGUCUCUAAAGCGGAUCAAGCGUUCGGACCGCCGAGGAGCAGAGUCCGUGACGGAGGAAAAGUUCACUGUUCUGUUUGAGUCACAGUUCAGCAUUGGAGGCAAUGAGUUGGUCUUUAAUGUCAAAACUUUAUCACUACCUGUAGUAGUGAUAGUUCAUGGUAGUCAGGACAACAAUGCCACAGCAACAGUACUUUGGGACAACGCUUUUGCUGAACCAGGCAGGGUUCCAUUUGUCGUGCCAGACAAAGUUCUAUGGACCCAACUUUGUGAGGCGCUUGAUAUGAAGUACAAAGCAGAAAUGCAUAGUGAAUAUGGGCUGUCAGAGGAUAAUCUGGUCUUCUUGGCGCAGAAAGCUUUCACAAGUACAAGUAAUAAUGCAGAAGAAUUCCGCAACAUGACCAUAUCAUGGGCCCAGUUUAACAGGGAAAGCUUACCUGGACGUAACUUCACCUUCUGGCAGUGGUUCGAUGGUGUUAUGGAACUCAUGAAGAAACAUCUCAAGCCUCAUUGGAAUGAUAGGGCCAUCCUGGGUUUUGUUAACAAGCAACAGGCACAGGACAUGCUAAUGUCCAAACCUAACGGCACAUUCCUGCUAAGAUUCAGCGACUCUGAGAUUGGCGGUAUCACCAUUGCUUGGGUGGCUGAGAACCCCAACAAACCAGGUGAAAGGCUUGUAUGGAAUCUGUUGCCUUAUACAACCAAGGACUUCUCCAUUCGCUCCUUAGCUGACCGCAUCAGUGAUCUGAAUCAUCUUCUGUUUCUCUAUCCUGACCGGCUCAAAGAUGAGGUCUUUGCCAAGUACUACACGCCUCAACUAUCAAAAGCAGUGGAUGGUUACGUAAAACCACAGAUCAAACAAGUUGUGCCAGAAUUCACCACUCCCAACCCUGAACCGAGCGGAACAACUCCCAUCUUCAUGGACCAGACACCUUCUCCCUCUGUUGUCAACCCCAACAAUUUUGCCGCCUUCCCCUCAAUGGCGGACACCAUGUUGGAUGCAGAGGCAGAUUUUGACCUGGAUGACACCAUGGAUGUGGCUCGACAUGUGGAGGAGCUGCUCCGUAGGCCCAUGGCUAACCAAUGGAGUAGUCAGCAGUCCUGAAUGAGACACAUGCCAUCACCCAUGUGACCGUGUCACCAGAGACCCGCAAAAGGGACUUUAUAGACGGGACUUUGUGUAAAGAUAACAGUCAGGUAUUGAAUUGCCUUUUGUUUAUCCCCGUUUACACUGCACACCAAAUCAGAUUUUUUUUUGCCCUCAAGUGACAGAACUGAUUUUUUUUUGCCAGUCUAAAUGCUCCAAUGUGCUUCAAAUCUGAUCUUUUUGCACCAGGAGGUAGUCCAAAUCCGAUUGGAAUCUGAUCUUUUUAAAUAUGACUUCAGUCUAAACGCAAUGACUCGUAUGUGACUUUUUCAUCAGCUUUGUGCGAGCUAUGUCAUUCGUGUGAGCAUGGAAAGACAGAGCCUGCCAGCGGAAGUGGAUAUUUCAUCACAACAUCCGGUUACGGAGAGCUUUUUUCGACGGCCGAAUUUUCGGUGCAUCACUAGUAAAUAGUGUGAAAAUAAUAGGCUAAAUGUAAUGUAUGAAUAUGUAUUUUGAUUCCGAAGAAAUAGCGAUUAAAAAACAAAACGGAAUUGACACUGUGGCGUAAUUGCUUACAUGUUCCGUAUAUUGCAUAAAUUGUUUACAUAAAUGUGUUGAAAAAUAAAGCUAACGUAGAUCCAAACUGAUGUCCGUGUUGCCUCUACUUAACAGCCAUAAAAGGAACCCUCAAAAAUAUAUUACACUAUAUAUGUUCAUUCACACAUUACAUUACUUACAUUUAUUUUCACAUAUGAAAACACUCAUUUUUAAGGUGUGGCGACUUUAUUUUAUUUUGUAGUAGUUCUAGCGACUUCCUUGUUUGUUCACGGAAUCCGGUCAACUUUCUUUGUUUACACUUCAGCAAAAUGCGUCAAGGUCACGUUGGGGCCACAUUGGGGCCUGUGUGCUUUUAUACUGGAGUCUGAUAAAGAUCACAUUUUACUUACAGUGUAAACAAUCCGCUAGAAAAAAUCUGAUUUAGAACAAAUCUGAUUUGGGCCACUUUGGCCUGCAGUGUAAACGUGGUCUUAGUGUGUUUUAGUAUGUUUGUAUAGAGUAAAAAAAUCAGAAACCUGUUGGCACUAUUUGAUGGCAGGCAAAAAUGUCUGGGUUUUUUUCAGAUAUAUAUCUUACUAAUACUAAAGAACAGGAUUAUAGAUACCCACAUCAACUUCAGUAUUAAUGUAAAAAAAAUACAUAAGCUCAUCUACCUUUUUCUUCAUGUUGUAAUUGUGUACCGGUAAUGUUUUAAUGUGUUACAGGGAUGCUCAUUUACCUGUACAAUUAUACAGGCAAUUGGGUAAACUGCAUGCAAUGUAUAUAGAAAGUAUAUCAAAAACAAACAUUUGGCAUUUUAAACUGCAAUUACAUUGAUACAACUGUUUUGUUUAAUAUGUUUGCCUAAAUGUAUUCCAUAGAAGUGAGGUGUGUACAGUAUAUAGACGUGGUCAGGAGACUAGCAUCUCUGCCAUUGCCAAAGGAACCAUGUAUGGCCUUCUCUGGUGGUCAGUAGUUUUAGGGAACUCGUCUGGACUUAUCGUAUUUAGGCACUGCUUUACGCCUUCUGAACAGUAAACAUACAAUAAAUGGCAAAUUAGAUGAUAACCUUACAGAAUUUAGCAACUUUAAGAUUAGCCAAUAGCUACUUUCCUUACUGAUGAUUUGGCAACAGUGUAUACCAAAAUAUUGCCAUAAAAGAAGAGACAAUUAUUGCCUUGGUCGCACCCCACUUAGUAUAGUGGGAAAGUUUGUAUGUGAACUUGUUUUUCACAGAGUGACAUGAUCGUUUGCCACAAGCAUGAACUUUUCCCAACUAUUUUUAGUGACCUUAAAUGUAAUAUGAGCGUGGAUGAAUGAACAAUAAUUGCAAUAAAAGUAUUUUUUUACUCGUUACACUUAGACGUUGAGGGAAGUAAUACAAUCAUAGCGAUCGAAUAUUAACAACAAAAUUCUCACAUUUACACUGACACUGUGGCCUACAGUACAAAUUAUUUUCAGACAUUGGCUUCACUGGAUUGUCAAAAUCUGGCAUUUUGCCGACUAAUACUAACCGAACCGUACCUAAACACAAGCAACUCUCUGUCGCACUCAAGGUAAUAAUUAACCUUUUGAUAACAUUUCAAGGUCCAAGGGGCCUUUCCUUAUUUGUCAUUAUCAAAGCGUAUAAAUAUACACACGAGAAUGAAAUGCUGUUCUCAACUAGCGCUCCAGUGCAAAAACAAAUAAAAAUUAUAAAAACAUACAAUUUGGAUAUGUUACGAAAUACAGCUCUGUGAGGCUAGCUAGCAUCUUCACUAAUAUUAACAUUUGCAGUUGCAGUACUUGUACGAACGUAACUAAAAUAAUCCAAAUAUAUACAUUUGGAAAGUUGUGUUGGUAUUAAUCCAUGCAUUCUUUAGGUUCUGACCUUUUCCUUGCCUUUAACCACAGUGGCUUACUCUUCACUAGAGGGAGACAAAGCACAAGAAACUGGAGAAAUUACUGUACAGUAAAACAUUAGUAGACUAACUCACUUUUCACUUUUAAAUCAAUAAUAUUAUAUUACAUUUCAUGGUAAUAAUGUCAGUAAAAUACCAGCCGCCUGUGAGAAAUGGAAAGGUUCUAUUGCCUCAAAGCCUAAAGCCCACGUCAGAAAACUACGAACAAGGUUUGGCGCCCCACUGAAAAAGAAAAGAGUCACAAGGAAUAGUUAACAUGGCAAAUGUUGAACUCCAAUAUGGAACACAUGUAUCAGACCACCACCCAUUGUUUAAAUUUACUGUCAUGAAAAAAAAGAAAAAUAGUAAAUUACAUUUUUAGUCAUUAUUAUUUCUUCAUAAGACAUCAAAUUGUAGUUAUUUCAUUGAAUUUAUGAACAGAGUAAGCAUCUCAAACUAUUAAAAUUAUAUAUUUUGAAAUGUGUUUAUUUUAAAAAAUGGAAUUGUUUUAGUUUACUUGACAAAUAAAUAACCAGAACAUUUUUAGUUUUUAACAUAUUUUUAUUAUAUUUGUUCAAUAGAUGUUUGGGUUUUUUACACAGAUUUGUCCAGCAUGAAACAAUGAUUGUGUAGCUCUUGUAUCCUUUAUUUUUCUGUAUUGGGCUUAUUUGAAAAAAAAAAAGUCUGGAUACAGCUGCCUUACAGUGAGUUUCCAUAUGUGGUUACUUGCCUUGUUUACAUGACCCUUCUUAACAAUAUUCAAUGCCUGUUACCAUGCUGCCUUUCUUAUCUUCAUCGUAGACUCAACAUGAGCUUUUUACCAAAUUUUAACGACUAUACAUUGGGGAAAACAAGUAUUUGAUACCGAUGUGAAAUUUUAAUUGUAGAUUUAUUUUUACAGAAAGAUCACUCAUUUCCCCCAUUGUAUAAUAUGUUUCUCCCACCAGUGUUAUUUACUCUAUCUACUGUGAUUUUUGGAAAAGCAAGUUGCAGUGCUUACAGACCGCUGUACAUUGGAUUUCAUCACUCUGUCUUGACUGUCGUUACUUAACCUAUCGUAUUUAUAAAUGGUUGAUUUAUAUAUGCUAGUAAGGUAAAGUUUUGUACCUGACAAGUGGCCUAUAUAAAUCAACCAUGUAUAGGCUAAAUUAACCUCUUCAACAUUCUUAACCUACUGUAUUUUCCGGACUAUAGAGCUGCACCUACUGAAUUUUAGAAGAACCUUUUUUUUUCCCCAUGCCGCACCGGACUAUAAGCCGCAGAUAUAUAUGUUGUGGAAUUAGUUAUAUACACAGACAUAUUCUGUAAAUGUUUAUUUACAUACCUUAAUUGUUUCCAAAUGGUGUCUGUAACACGGCAGUAAAACAAAUGAUCAAACAAAAGACGAGUCAUCAGCUAAACAGACUCAAUAACUCCACUGUGACGUUUUGGUGAGGUUACUGAGGAAACUAUACAAAAAGAAUGCUAUUGUAAGUUAAUAAUACUAACACAGACACUUGUAAACAUGUUAGCAUAUUAGCUCAUGCUAACGACGCUAGUGUCAUUAUAUUACGAUAGCACAUACAAAAAUGCAUGAAAACACUCCGACAGACAUCACACAUGGGACGACUUAGUAAGAAUAGUUUUAGUUAUAUUGUAAAACUUAAAAACGUUAAUUGCAGUGAUGAGUGAAGAAUCCUUACGAGUAGAAACGCUAGGGACGGCUGGAAGGCAAAAAGGUACUACCCGUAAAUGGAAAGACACUUGCAGUGAGCAAACUUGAUCAUAAGCUGGCGCCGUAGCACAAACAAUAAAACAUUUUCUAGGUGUAUUUGCUUGUUUUUUGGGGAUUUUUUAACAAUUUUUAAAAAAUCCAUAAAUUAGCUGCACCGUCUUAUAAACUGCAGGGUUCAAAGUGUAAGAAAAGAGUAGCGGCUUACAGUCCGGAUUUUACAGAAAAUUAAAGGUAUUCUAUUAGAUGCCUUUCUUGUUGCUGCCUAAAUGCACUGCAUAUUAAGGCAGAAGACGGGUACUUUGAUGAAGGUCAAGUAAGGAGAGUCAAGCAAGUAUGUAGUAUUUAUGGUCACCCUGAAUGUGAAUAGACGGGUUUAGUUCUUCGUUUUGUGUUGUUUUUACUGUGAACCCUAAUCAUGCUUAUUGAAUACACAACAGUUGUCAAAAUUAAAACCGAUCGAUCUUUAUGGAGAAAAUGCAUAUGCCUCAUAAUGGCAUUGUUUUAAGUGAACAAUUGUUGAUCUUUUGAUUGUGAAAUGAAAUGGAAGUAUUUUCUGGGUUGUACUUACCGUACUAUGAUCUGGUCAUGCUUUAGGAAUUGCUAAGGGACAAGACUGCUCAGUACAGUAUAGGACUUUUAGAGACAUGCCAGUCAUCUAGGGCUCAACAAAAGAAUAUUCAAAAAACGGGGGGGUCCAAAGUGCGGACCGGGUGCCAUUUGUGGCCUUUCUGGUCGUUGGUAUAUUCUAAAAAUUAAAUACAGUAAAGCCUUGUUUAUUGCGGCCAAUUGGUUCUGGACCUGACCAUGGUAAAUUUAUUUCCGCAAAGAAGGAAUUUUCAUUAUAAAAGUAAUAUUUUUAUAGCUAGAACAUAAAAAAAACUAUUUACUACCUUCAAAAUACAAUUAACGUGACACAAUACCUAGACAUGAAAUAAUGCCCACAUGGUCACUUUUACACUCGUUAUAUCCAAUAUUGUAAUGCGCCCUGAGGCUGAGCCAAUCAGUGGCCAUGAUACUGAACAGCAUUCUGAUUGGUUUGGUCUCAUCUAGUGGCCAGUACGGCUGUAAUAUUUAGAAUUUUAGUUCAUUUAGCCAUUUUUAUGCUUGAAAAUCAUUAGGUAAAAGUUUGGCCAAAAAUACGUAGAAUUUACCCGAUAUGUCAAGGAACGACCGUUAGUAUACAUAAGAGAUAUUAUACUAAUAAUGCUUUGUCAGUUAUAACACAAAAGCUCAAUGUAAUUUUUUUUUCAAAUAGCUUAGCAUAUAUUGGCCUUCAAUGGAUUGGUUUUACUAACUUUAAAGGACAAAAGGUAGUCCCUAAAUUUUUUUUGUAUGCAGCCCUCGGUCGAAAAAGUUUGGAUACCCCUAGUUUGAAGGAUGUGAAUUAAAAAUACACCGAAACCUCAAGGAAACCUGCUGUGACAAAAAGCCAAACCAGCCUCAAAUUAUUUUAACAUGGUAUACUAUAUUAACUGUAUAUAAUGUCCUGUGGAUACACACUUUACAGUAGGGAAGAUAUUCAUAUGGCCCCAUUCCUGUGUGGAUCUUGUGUGAGAGGAAGGGGGGAGGGCUUAAUCAUUGUUGCAAUGCAGUCUGCUGAAAAUGAUGGAAAGCACCACUCUACAUAGCAACUGAUGCUGUGGUCAAAGUUGAAAUUGCCACAAAACACAUUUUAGGAUAUUCAACACUCUCCUGCCAUCCCCCAAUUCGCCACGUUUCAUAUGUCAGGUUAACUGUGACAAAUAAGGCCAUAUGAAUCCCCUUCCUACUGUAAUUGUGCGGUUAUCAGUGAGGAAGCACUCAUGCUCACAUCAACAAUUACUUGGUGUUCUUGCUUGUGUCGACAUAAAACUACAUGUCUUACGUUGGCUGCCCAAGUUCCUGCCGUUUGUACAGUCUGUAGCUUGCUUGUACAAAUUAUGCUUUAUUUUGUUUGAGUUUUGUGAAUAUAGGAAAUUAAAAGUAUUUUUUGCCAGUUUGUUGGUGUUUCUUAAUCGAUGUGAUCGUUCUCACCACUUGUUGAGCUUGAAGAAUGAAACAAAACUACAAGGAGCAAUUGUCGAGCAGAAAAAUAUGAAAUGAUAUAUGUAUUGUAUAAUAGGAACGUGCAAUGAUGCAGACAACUACAACAGGGUUGCACUUUAUUGAACAUGUUUUGUUUUUAAUAAAUUAAAGGUUUUUAUUGGCUGAAGUGAAGCUUUUAUAGUUUUGACUUCUCCUAUGCAGAUGUAUUUUGUCAUUAAAACAUUUACAUAAAAAAUGCACUGCAGAAGGAAAUUACGUUGCAUUUCUAACCCACAAUCAAAAAAAGUGAAAAACAUUUUAUCAAACAGAGUCCUUCAAUGAUAGAAGAGUUUUGACAAGCUCAG